AUGGCGAAAUCUACAGGCGUGGAAACGCACGCGACACCGGUGGGGGAAUCGUAUAAAUCUGGCGAUGAGGGACUGCGUGUGAGUGAUGGGAGUCAUAGUAUGGAGAUGCGGAAUGAGAAUGAUGAUGUGGAUCCGGAGGUGGUGGCGGUGGGGAUUGAGGCGUUGGAGAGGAAGCAGAAACAUUGGUAUUCUUAUGUGUUGACGAGGGAUUUUUGGAUUGUGUUGGUUAUUGGGCAGGUUCUUGCUCUCUGUAUUACAGGAACAAACACCUUUUCCACCCUCCUCGUCAACAAAGGCACAUCCAUCCCAGCCUUCCAAACCCUUUUCAACUACGUCCUCCUCGCACUCGUCUACACAACAUACACAAUCUACGCCUACGGUCCAAAGAAAUACUUCAAACUCCUCUUGGUCGACGGCUGGAAAUACAUCAUUCUCUCCUUCCUCGACGUAGAAGGAAACUACUUCACCGUCCUCGCCUACCGCUACACCAAUCUCCUCUCCGCCCAACUCAUAAACUUCUGGUCCAUAAUCUGCGUCGUAAUAGUCUCCUUCACCUUCCUAAAAGUCCGCUACAAGCCCUUCCAAAUCAUCGGAAUCCUCGUCUGUUUCGGCGGCAUGGGUCUGCUCAUCGGCUCCGACUCCAUCACCGGCGGGACUGGCUCCUCCAUCUCCACACAAGUCAAAGGCGACCUAUUCUGCGUCGCCGGCGCAACCUUCUACGGAAUCUCAAACGUCUUCGAGGAAUGGUUCGUCUCCAAACGACCCGCCUACGAAGUCCUAGGCAUGCUCGGUCUCUUCGGCAUCAUCAUCAACGGCAUCACAGCCGCAAUCUUCGACCGCUCAUCCUUCCACGGCGCUGUCUGGGAUGGCGCCGUAGGCGGCUACCUCGUCGGCUACACGCUCAUUCUAUUUACAUUCUACUCCCUCGCACCCGUCAUGUUCCGCAUGUCCUCGGCGGCAUUCUUCGACAUCUCGCUCCUGACGGGCAAUUUUUGGGGCGUCAUCAUCGGGAUCAACGUUUUUGGAUACUCGAUUUACUAUCUUUACCCUAUUGCGUUCGUGUUGAUUAUUUUAGGAUUGGUGUGUUAUUUCUUGGCGGGCAGCGUGUUGGGGGAUAGUAGGAAACCGUGGUUGGGUGCGAAUCAGGAGGGUGGUGUUGCGGGGUUGGGGACGGCGAAGGCGAAGGCUGUUAGGGAGGCGAGGAGGGAGGGGGUGGUUGGUGGGGGGAGUGUUUGA